AUGGUGAAGGAAACCGAGUACUAUGAUGUUCUUGGCGUCACUCCCUCGGCUUCAGAGGAAGAAAUUCGCAAGGCUUAUUAUCUUAAGGCAAAGCAAGUUCAUCCAGAUAAAAAUCCGAACGACCCUCAGGCUGCUGAAAGAUUUCAGGUAUUAGGUGAAGCUUAUCAAGUUUUAAGUGAUCCAGUGCAAAAAGAUGCAUAUGAUCGAAAUGGAAAAAAUUGCAUAUCUAGAGAAACCAUGCUUGACCCCAUGGCUGUCUUUGCUCUGCUCUUUGGAAGUGAGUUAUUUGAGGACUACAUAGGACACCUAGCCGUGGCAUCAAUGGCUUCUUCUGAAUUAGCAGUGGAGAGCGACAAUCCUGAGAAACUGCAUGAAAGAUUGAAGGCUGUCCAGAAAGAAAGAGAAGAAAAGCUAGCAAGAUUACUGAAAAGUUUUCUUAAUCAAUACGUUCAAGGUGACAAAGAGGGAUUCUUACAGCAUGCAGAAUCUGAAGCCAGGCGGCUUUCUGAUACAGCUUUUGGAGUUGACAUAUUACACACUAUUGGCUAUAUAUAUUCAAGACAAGCAGCACAAGAGCUUGGAAAGAAAGCCAUUUAUCUUGGAGUGCCAUUUUUGGCUGAGUGGGUUCGCAAUAAAGGACAUUUCUGGAAGUCACAGAUGACUGCAGCAAAAGGUGCUUUUCAGUUGCUGCAACUUCAAGAAGACAUCCACCGGCAGUUUAAACUGGAUCGAAGUGGCCCUGAAAAUGAUGCUGAAUCACAUAUACGCCUAAACAAAGACACAUUGAUGAACUCAUUAUGGAAGUUGAAUGUAGUGGAUAUUGAAGUAACCCUAAUGCAUGUGUGCCAAAUGGUGCUAAGGGAAAGCCAUGUUAGGAAGGAAGAACUUAAAGCUCGUGCAAUGGCUCUGAAAAUUCUUGGGAAGAUAUUUCAGGAAAAACAUGUACACAGUGGAGGAACAUCAAAGAAGAAAGAUGCUGCUGCUGACACAGAUGAUGAUGGAAGCAGUUCGGAUACUAGUUCUGAUGAUGAUGACUCACCAGGAGCACUUUCAUACCGAGCUCCCCUACUCACUCAGGGUAUUGGUAGACUAUUUAGAUGCCUCUGUAAUCCAGCAUUUGAUGUGGAUGAUGAAGAAAUCGUGUAUAAAAGCAAAUGAUGCAUCAUGAUAUGUAUUUACAUUAAGGUCAACAGAUGAGGCCAGGUACAAAAUAUACAUCAA